UCAUCGUGCUCGACAAGCGCCGGCUCCUCGCGGGCCGCCAUGGCAACUACGUGCGAUCUGUUUACUUGACGACCAAGUACCUCGCGCGGGAGGCAGGCGACCGCCGCGCAUUAGCAAAGGACGCGGCGACGACCCGCCGCCAACUGCACUUGGACGCGAUCGCAGAACGCACGCGACGGCACAACCUCAGCGUCCACUUCCGGUCGACGUGCGCGCGGCGGCUCGUGGACGCGCAGUGGUUGCACACGGCACUGGCCUCGGCAUCCGCCCUGGACGCGGCAGCGGGCGUGCGGGCCGCGCUCAACGGCUCGCGUGUCGAUGCGUUGCAGGCCGCCGCCGCGCGCCGCGCGCACGUGGCCCGCCAGCGCCAGCGCGAGACCACGUUGCGGUGCCGCGUGGUGGCCACGACCCUCGACGUGCGGCUCCGGGCCGCGUCUGCCCGCCGGAUGGCGUUUCUCGCAGACCGGACACGUCGCAUUGCCGAGCGUCGCGAGCUCCUGCGCGCCCGCAAGUGGACCGCGGCGCACAACAUGCGGCGGUUCGUCGCGUGGGCGCUCAAGGACAAGCUGGCGCAAGCAACCAAGCGGCGCGAGGCAUGGCUCGAGCGCCGCCGCGCUUCGUGCGCCGCGCGCAACUGGUAUGCCCGUGUCGUAUGCCACCGCCACGCCGACGUUCUUACCGAGCGCGUCGCAUGCCUUCAGUUGUGCAGCAGCGAGAAGCACGCGGCUGCCGCGCGACGGCGACGGGACCAGCAGUGCACCAUCUUUUGUCAACUCAUUGGUCUUCGCCACGAACGCGUCGCGCACGUGCUCGCGACGCAGGCGCAGUACGUUGCGCGGACCGCCGGGCGCAAGGUGAUGCUCGCCGCGCUCCGGGUCGCCGAGCUGCAACAUGCGCAAGCCCAGGCGGCGCAUGCGCGCUGGCUCCAUACACAGCGCGUGCGCGAGCGGCGGGACCAUACAGCGCAGUUUCGUGCCCAGUGCCUUCGGUCGCGCUCGUUUGUGCGGCUUCGGUCGGCCGAGAUCCGUCGGGCGCUGCAUCUGGCGGCGAUCCGCGCCGGCGCCGACGAAGCGGCUGCGAAGCGUGACGCCGCGCGCCUCCGCGUGCAGUUUGCCACCGAGUCGCUUCGGGCGCAUCUUGAGUUUCGUCUUUUGCGCGCCGACGAGAAGCGUCUUUUAUAUAUGGCCGACAAGGUCGCGGCCGCCAUUUUCUUUGCCGCCCAAGGCGAGAUUGUGCGUCGGCGGCUCGCGAGCAGGGAAGAGGCGCGUCGACUGACGUACGCGUACGGCAUGGAGAGCGCAGGCUUGCGCACAUCGAUUGCUCGGACGCAGCGCGCGCGGUCGCACCUCCUCGCACGCGCACUCGUCGCCGGGCGGCAGAAAUACCUCGCCGACGCGCGGGCCGAGCGCGGGUUCGUCGCAGCCAUGCGCCAUGGAAACGCUGCCGACCGUCGAGACGACGUGCGCGAGGCCAAGCAAGAGACGGCGCGACGCACGAUCCAGCGCGUGACGUUUGCGCGCCUUGAGCGGCAGUCGACGGACGUUGUCGACGCGGCCGUCAAGACAGCGAUGGCAGCGACGAUCGCGCUCCACGCCGAACGGCGGCGCGUGGCACUACUCCAAGCGCGGGCAGUUGGCGCGCGGGCGCAGAGUCGACGGGCCCGUGAUGUGGCGCGGGUCCAAAAGCUCGCGCGCCGCAUCGAAGCGCUCGCGCUCCGCGAGCAGAGCCAGCAGCGCCUUGACGAGAGUGCCAAGCGGCGAGAAAUGCUCUUGGCCCAACGCAAGCUCGGGCUGAGCGCGAGCCAGCUCCAGCCGUUUGCAGGCCUCGUCGUCGUUGGCACCGCCAUCCCGCUGCCCUACUCGGCAUGAGCUUGUCCUGCCGCGCGAUGUAUACUUGGUAUAUAGGCCCCAACGGUGUUCUUCUGUAUGCGUGUAAAUAAGAUGCAUGUUCUUUUCGGUUCCA